AUAACCGCAUCAUUGUUCAUAGCAAGUCACGAAGAAGCCUCAAUCAACAAUGUCGGACGAAGGCAAGCUCGCGGAUACACCCCAGAUCCCGGCCCUUGACCUGUUCUCUCUGAGAGGUCAAGUGGCCCUGGUCACGGGCGGCUCCAGAGGGAUUGGAGCGGCAAUGACCAUUGCAUUGGCUCAAGCUGGUGCAGACGUAGUAUCCGCUCAGCGUGAUACGUCCAACACAUCGACUCGAGAUGCUAUUCGAGCUCUUGGACGGAAAUGCGAAAUUAUAGGAUGCGAUCUGACGGAUAAAGAGAGCGUCAAAACCGUGGUGCAGCGAGCCGUGGACGCGAUGGGCAAUAUUGAUAUCUUGAUCAACUGUGGAGGCAUGUUGAAGAGGCAGGAUACAGUCGAUAUCACCUCGGCUGAUUGGAACGAGGUGAUCGACACGAAUCUGACUGCUCUCUUCACCAUCUGUCAAGAAGCUGGCAAGCAUAUGAUCCCUCGCCGUCGCGGAAAGAUCAUCAACGUCUCGUCUCUGAACGCAUUCAUUGGUGGUGCUCGAGUCAUUCACUAUACAGCUGCCAAGACAGCCGUUAUGGGUUUAACAAAAGCCCUGAGUAACGAAUGGGCCAAAUACAACAUUCACGUCAAUGCCAUUGCUCCAGGAUCCAUUGCCACAGACAUCAAUACGGAAGCUCGGAAAGAUCCUGCAUUCGUCAAGAAUCGUCUGGUCGGUACGCCUGGAAAUAGAUGGGGAGCUCCAGAAGACUUUGCUGGACCAGCGGUGUUCUUGGCUUCGGCAGCCAGCAAUUAUGUAUCGGGAGAGACCCUGGUUGUCGAUGGGGGUGCUUUGGGCAAAGGGCCCAUCUAGAGCCUUUGAUUGCCAUUCCAUUGCAUGAGCAGGCAAAAUGCAUUGAUAUUUACGGU